UUGACGCGUCUGCCCUUGCGCGUUCUCAAUCAUCUCCUCUCUUUCCUCCUCCCCGUUCUCGUUCUGCUUUUCUCUAUCGUGACCACUCUGGAACGAACCGCACAGCACGGUUUUUACGACUAGACCCCGACUGAUUGAAAACUAGCAAACGAAGAGUAGUUCACGAUGGCGUUGAAGGUACCGAAAGCAAAUAAUAUGCAGCUCUUCAAGGAGGGCUACAAGGUUAGCUCAGGCAUCGAGGAUGCUGUCCUUCGAAACAUCCAGGCUGUCGCCGAGUUGUCUGAUCUUGUCCGGACGAGCUUUGGUCCAAACGGGCGUAACAAGCUUGUGGUGAACCAUCUGGGUCGGCUGUUCGUUACUUCCGAUGCCGCAACCAUCAUCCGCGAGAUCGAGGUCGUACAUCCGGCGGCGAAGUUGCUGGUCAUGGCGGCACAGGCGCAAGAGGCAGAGAUGGGAGACUCGACGAACAUGGUGUUGAUCCUUGCGGGCGAGCUCCUGAAGAAAGCCGAGCAUCUGCUCAUCAUGGGUCUCCAUCCGAGCGAGAUUGUGAAGGGGUACGAGCUUGCGUCCACGAAGGCAUUGGCUGAACUCGAGAACCUUCCAACACGGUCAUUGGACACGCCACCAACACAAUCGGGACUUGCUGCCGCGCUCAAGCCCGCGAUCGCGUCAAAACAGUAUGGCUAUGAAGACAUGCUUGCAUCGCUGGUCGCAGAAGCUGCUCUGGCAGUUAUGCCGCCCAACCCCAAGAACUUCAACGUCGACAACGUUCGUGUCGUCAAGAUCAUGGGUGGCAGUCUCGCGGGCAGCCAGGUCGUACUCGGCAUGGUAUUUGGACGGCAGCCUGAGGGUAUGGUCACAAAAGUGAAGAAGGCGAAGGUCGCGGUCUUCACCUGUGGGUUGGACAUCGCACAAACGGAGACGAAGGGCACUGUGUUGCUCAAAAACGCGGAGGAGAUGCUCAACUUCACUGCGGGAGAGGAAAAGCACCUCGAGAAGAUUUUCCAAGAAAUCGCGGACUCCGGCGUGAAGGUCAUCAUCGCCGGCUCCACCAUCGGCGAGCUCGCACUCCACUACCUCAACCGUCUCAACAUCGCCGUGCUCAAGGUCCUCUCCAAGUUCGAACUGCGCCGGCUUUGCCGCGUCGUCAACGCGACGCCACUCGCGCGGAUGGGUGCGCCCACCGCCGAGGAGGCCGGCUACGUCGACGUCUUCGAGUGCAUCGAGAUCGGCGGGGACCGCGUCACCGUGCUGCGCCAGCUCACACCGGACGACCCAGACUUCGACCCGAACACGCCCGGAGAGAAGACGCGCACGGCGACGAUCGUGCUCCGCGGCGCGACCGCGAACAGGUUGGACGACCUCGAGCGUGCGGUGGACGACGGCGUGAACGUCAUCAAGGCGCUCCUCAAGGACGCACGCCUCGUGCCCGGCGCGGGUGCGACGGAGCUCGAGCUCGCAAGGCGCGUGGAGACGUACGGCGCGGGCCUGAAGGGCCUCUCGCAGCAUGGCGUCCGCAGGUGGGCGAGCGCGCUAGAGGUCAUCCCGAGGACUAUCGCGGAGAAUGCGUUCGGUGGUGCGGAGGGCAACGAGAUUGUCAGCCGGCUCUGGGCGAAGCACGAGGGUGCUUCUGGGGAGUACUGGGGCGUGGAUGUUGAGGCGGAGACCGAUGGCACGCUCAACACGAGCGAGCAUGGGAUCUACGACUCGCUGGCGGCGAAGACUUGGGCGAUCAAACUCGCGACCGAGGCGGCGGUCUCGGUGCUCAGUGUCGACAGUAUCAUCAUGAGCAAGCCUGCCGGUGGGCCGAAGAUACCGCAGCAAGCGGGCAACUGGGAUGAGGACGACUGAGCGUGCAUUAAAAGGUAGAAAUUGUCUAAUAUACUGUACAAUUGCAUCUGCUUCGUCUAUAUCAAGUGUGUGGUCAAUGUUGCCUGCGGGCUUUUGCAUGGUUCAGAUUACGGCAAGCUAGACCUAUCGGCUUUCGCAUAGCGAUGAGGUUCUAUGGGUCAUUGGUAUUAACUGCUGCGUGCAACACGA